AACUUUUAUCAGCGAAUAACGUUAGUUGUAUCUCCUCUGUGCGAAACGUGAAAACGUGGGUCAACACGGAAGCCGUCACACUUUACAGCGGAAGUCGGGUAAGGCAACCAGGGAGCGUAGUUCCUGGUUGGUUUUUUUUUUUUUUUGCAUUCUUUAGCUUUCAGUCGAUCUUACGAUUUUACUCCGGCAAACCGGUCGCCAUCUGGAGCGUGCUGCCCUGUGUUGGGAGAACAAUUCUUGUGCCAACGGUUUACCCCGGAGAGACCAUUGGUCUGUGUCUGUCAUCAGUUUCCGGCGUGCGUUUGUGGCUCUGGUAUCACUGAACAGGAAGACAGACGCACAGAGACGUCUGCACUGAGAGAGGAAACUGCUGCGGGUUCUUCGUCGGCCUCAGAAUGACUGAGUUCUGGGUUUGUUUCAGCUGCUGCAUUGCAGAGCAGCCACAACCUAAACGGCGGCGACGGAUCGAUCGCUCCAUGAUCGGGGAGCCAACAAACUUUGUUCACACCACACAUGUAGGCUCGGGGGACAUGGGCCAUGGAUUGGCAUCUGUGGACCUUGUUCAGGCCCAGAUGAAAUCUAAAGGGGGCUACGUGCAUGGAGGUUCUGAAGGUUCUCAGUUGUAACAAGCCCUUCACAGUCUUGUGGAAACUACUGUUGUUGAUAUGAGGAAGCGUUUUCAAAAAGCAGUUCUGUCUGUAUCGGACACAGGACCAAAAGAUGAAACUACUGCUUUUCCAUAAUGUUGUAUAUAUUUUUUUAUUUUUUUCAUUUUUUUUUUUUUUUUUUUUUUUUUUAAUGAAAGCACUGCUAUCCAUUUGCUGCCAUACUGUUGCACUGUAAAGAGUAACUGUUAAGAAUAGAUAAGAGGGUUUAGAAAGCUCAUAAUCUCAGUCAGACGUAUGCUUGUGUGUAUGCAUGAGGAAAAUAUUUUCAAAAAUAUUUGCGGUUGUAGCCCAUUUGGAUGCCUGUAUUUAUUUUCUGAUUUGUAAAUGGACCUCAUGGUGGCUGGGCCACGCUGGAGAUUUGGAGCAUUCAGUUUCCUUCUUUAUUAUCAGAGGUUUAUCAAAGGACAGGUAGAGGUAGCGAGGCAAAAAGCUAUAUGUUCAUUGUCUUAUUCUGAGAAAUACUCAUCUUCCGAGUUGCUUUCAGGGUUGAAGAUUGCUGUCUUGUAAUAAACUUGAAUGAGUAGAGUACACUGGAUCAUACAUUGUACACUCACACUUGCUAGGGAAUUUUGCAUUGAUUUCAACAGUUUUUUUGUUGUUUUUUUUAUACACAUUUAGAUUAAACCAUAUAUAAUUUUAAUAAACUAUAAACUUCCUAAUCUGCCUUCUGAAGUCAUGUUUAUUUGUUUUACCAGUGACGUUUCACGCUGCAAAUACUGAGCGUAGUGGUUCCAAGACGAUUCAUAGUUUUCUGUCUUUUCUUCUUUUUCCAAGGCUUGUGUACCAGCAGUAGACCAAGAAUUAAACUUGGAAGUAACCAAAUCACACUGCAAACAGCGCCACAAAUGUGGGUCAGGGUUGAUACAGCCAGCAGUAUUCUCAAACCUGUAGUAAAUCUACUGUUUGAACAUUUCUUUUUUUGGUUUGUUGUACUGCUGUGCUGCCUUUCCCCUCACACAGUUUGUGUUACACACUGUUCCUUGUCAUGACAUCUCUUGACAUAAAAAUAAUCUUUCUUGUCAUUUAUUUGGCUGAUACACUCAAAAUCCUGUCAGAAAGGUAUCUUGUCCCUCCAGAGGUCUUAGUAGUUUUGCGUUUCUUUUGAAAACUCGAAUGCCGCAGCUCCUUAAAGCUGCCAGAUGCUACUAAAUCUGGCACUCAACCUAAUGCGACUCACCUUUGUAGCAGUGUUUGUGAUCAGGUUGCUUCAGUGUUAAAAGAUGUUUUCAUGUGAUGUUAACAUUAUUUUGUCCAAACCAUUUAAAAUGACAAAAAGUGAUAUCUCCUUUGUCAAGGGUAUAUCAUUUUCUAUAAAGGUUUCCUCUCUUAGGGGAAAGUAAAUAAGUGCAGCUCAUAUUGGCUGAUUACGUUGGUUGUCAGUUGUGUUAGGGAUCAGACUAGAGUUAAGAUUCUCCCUUUUUAUUGACCGGCUGGUACACUUUCGGCCCUCAGUAUUGCCAUUAUUGUUCAUCAUGUACACACUGCUCAUCGCUACUCACAGUCAUUAUAAAUGAAAAGUGUCGACCAAACCCGCCAGGCCUGGAUCUAUUAAUACAUGUGAUUAUUUGUCCUCCAUGUACAUCAUAUGAUAACAACAGAAUGUGGUUCUUUUAUUAAGUCAAGCGAAAGUCUGUGUAAAUUGUUGUUAAAUAAGUGCUAUUGUCCUACUAUUUAUGAUAAAAGAAUGAUAUAUUUGGUGUUGGUACCAGGCAACAUGAAUGCUGGAUGGAUAUUCUCACAUAUGUAAUAUAUUGUCAUUUACAGCCUUAAAACUGCUGGUAACCACUUUCCCAACACAGAUUUAAUAUUGUGAUUCAUCAGGCUAAAAUAUUGUCACAUAGCUCAUCUGUCCCUCUUUAAAUGUUUCUGUAGUAAUUCCUGUGUGAAAAGAGAUCCAAAAAUGCGUAGACUAGUUUGUGUUUUCCAGCUCUGUGCUGAACGCUGCAGUAUGCAGUAUAUUAUCUGACCAGCAGGCUGUGCUAGUGGACUGGUUGAAUGUGACUUUAAAAAUUGUUGGGAUUAUUAUGAUGACACUGUAAAUACUUAACAUGAAAGUAAAGGAUCCAUGGUUUAUAUAUGUAUUCAGGGUCAUACAUAUAUUUUAGGUUACUUUUCUUUAUAACAUAACUGGGAAGGCAGAGAGUUGGAGCAGUGUUUUUUUUUUGUUGUCUUUCCUCAGGGACUGCCUGAUAUGUAGUUCCCACUUUAAGGGAAGUUCAUCUGUCUUUCUUCUGCAUUUUUCAGAAUAAUGACAAAUAAAUGUUAAAUGUUGAUGUUU